AUGCAUUUACUCUGGACUAUUAUUCCAAUGCUAUUUACUGCCUCUGCUGCACCUGCAGACCGAUCCUUUCCAGAUACUCAUCGUGACGGGAAUCUAGUGUUGUCUCAUGAUGGCACUGCCGAUGAUAUCAAUCCAAGCAAUCUCGAGUCUUGGAGAAGCGUCGUUGAAAAUGACGGCCACAAACGCGAUUACCUCAAUAUGAAAGAAACUGAUGAAGCACCAACACCAACCAUCACAGCUUUCAUGGCAGGCGAUCCAGCCAACACGGGGCUGGUCAAGCGAACAACCAAAGCUUGCAAACCGAAAACCACAUCCAAGCCUUCUUGCUCAAUGAAGGAUGCAGAUCCCGAUGAGGGCCUCAACUCUGCCCAAUGCAUCUGCAACGGCGUCACACUACCUCUCUUGACCCCGACCCACGUCACAAUGGUAACCCAGAGUUGUGACUACACUGCCAUCCCAACAAGUGGGCAUAUUACGACGACUCCACACCUGGGUCCCGCCACAACGGAUACGAAGCAUUGCCAGGUGUGCACUCCCGUGGUCAACAACGAGGAUGAAUGCACCUCCAUAAAAAACUGUGUCGUACAGACAGGAGCAGUGACUGUCCAGGCCGGGAGCUCUUCAGUCCAUGUGGGCACCAUGACUGGUUCGGCACUCUACACUGGCAUAUCGAAGGCGCUGGAAUCCUUGUGUCCCUCCGUCACACAGACAACGAGCAUGACCGGGUGUGAGACCGGAACUGCGAAAAUCAAGAAUGUCCCCUACGUCAAUGCUGGUUUCCUUGCUGAAGGCACGAUAGACGUCAAGGUCGAAGCCAGUCAGUACAACGUCACUUCCCUGCGGGAUGCCAUGAUCCGAAGCGCAGCCUUGACAGCAAUGAAUGCGGCGUCGGGUAAGAACUGCUAUAAAGUGGAUUAUGAUACGGAGGAGUAUAGAAAACGAGAUGAUACGUCUCGGUGGGCCAAAUGGCUGCCAUCUUUCGUCAAGCGCGGGGAUAUCAUGCCCCCUGACAGACACACUGAUGUAACAUUUUGCAACACGGUUGGAUUUGCCGGAGUCAACUACUACAACCCCUGGUGGAGAGAGCACGAUGCGGGAGCUUCGGACUACCUCGAUGUUAAUUACUCAUUUGACAGCAACGGUGGGGGCGCCUUUGCAUGUGAGAUGCUGGAGGCCAUGGUUGACUCCCUGGCGAUUGUGGCGCCGGAGUUUGCUGUGGGAGAUAUCGAGCUGGGAGAGGCAAUCGAUGUUAUAUGCGAGAAGGCGGAGGGGCUAUGA